AUGGAUGACAAUGAUCUCUUUGAAGAUGAUUUUUUGGAUUCAAAAUACACUUGGGCUAAUGGUCAAUCAGGUGUGCAUAGAAUCCUUUGUAAGCUGGAUAGAGCUUUAACUAAUGAAGCAUGGCUUAAUAAAUUUGAGAAUUGGAGGUGUAAAUCUCUUCCCCAUGAAGUUUCUGACCAAUCUACUCUUAUUGGUUUUCCUUUUGCUAACUCAAGACCGAAAAGAGCACCUUUUAGAGUGCAAAAGAUAUGGUUUUCUCACCCUGAUUUCAUGUGCAUGGUUAUUGAGAGUUGGAAUGCUCCUGUUUCUGGAUCUCCUGCUUUUAUUUUCCAUUUCAAGCUCAAGAGAUUAAAGGCUGCCAUGAAAGAAUGGAAUUUAUGGGUCUUUGGCAAUGUUUAUGCAAAUAUCAAGCAGGCUAAGUUGACUAUGGAAGUUGCACUUCGUAUUUCAGACGAGGAUCCGGAAGACAUUACUAAGCUGAAUUCUGCCAAAAAAGCUUCAGUUACUCUUCAGGAAAUUCGUUCUCAACAUUCCAUUAUGUUGAAGCAAAAAUCGAGAAAUAAAUGGCUUAUUGAUGGUGCUAGUAAUACUUCUUUCUUUCAAACCAAUAUUCGAACUCGCAGGAGCAGUAAUAUGAUUUCGGAAUUGGUGGAUGAUAAUGGGAAUGUUCUCACAGAUUGUGAUCAAAUUAGAGACUACGCGGUUUCUUUCUUUGAGUCUAAAUUUAAUGGUGCUGAAUUACCUAUUGAUGAGGAUUUAUUUCAUUAUGAUCAUAGCAGUAUUUCUUCUGAAGAUAGUCAGAGAAUGGAUGAAAUUCCUACUAUGGAAGAGAUAAAGACUGCUAUUUUUGAUCUUGGCGUUGAUAGUGCUCCUGGACCUGAUGGUUUCUCUGGUUGCUUCUAUAGGCAUUGUUGGAAUGUGCUUCAACAAGACCUUUACAAUGCUAUUACUUAUUGCUGGCAAGAGAAAAUAAUUCCCCAAGGUACUAAUUCUAGUCUUUUGAUUUUAUUAUCCAAGAGGAAUAAGUUGCUUUUAGAAAGGAGAAACAUCCAUGAAAACAUUAGUGUGGCAUCGGAGAUGAUUAAUGAUCUUAAAACUAAGCGUAAAGAUAGAAAUGUGGGUCUUAAACUUGAUAUCACUCAAGCCUUUGACACGGGUAACUUGAGGAGUUUGCAUAAUCUUCUUGCUUUACUUGGUAAAUAUCAAACGGCUUCAGGCCAAACUGUUUAUCAUCAAAAGAGUAAGGUUUACUAUGGUGGUGGUUCUUUGAGUCGCUGUAGAACAAUCACUAAUUUACUUGGUAUGAAAGUUGCUACUUUUCCAGACAAGUAUCUAGGUGUUCAAAUUAUGCCUGGAGCUGUCAAGUAUAGUCACAUUAGCAAUGUGAUUGAUAAAAUAAAGAAUCAACUUGCUAUUUGUAAAGGAAAAUUGCUCUCUUUUCAAAACAUAUUUGUUCUUAUUAAUUUGGUGAUUUCUAGCUAUGCCAUUCACAACAUGGUUGUUUAUAAAUGGCCUAAGAAGUUCAUUCAACAAGCUGAGAGGGUUAUUCGCAACUUUCUUUGGUCCGGAGAUGCCGAGGUUGCCAGAAAAUUUGUUGUCGGUUUUCCUAAGGUUUGCUGCCCUUUGAAGGAAGGUGGUUUGGGUACUACAAGCAUGGCUGUCACUAAUGAGGCAUUACUUAUGAAGUUAUGGUGGAGCAUUCGUUCUUCUAGCAAGAAAUGGGCUCGUUUCUUAUGGGCGAAAUAUACUUCUCGUCUAGGUAGAAUUAAGAAAUAUGGUGUGAAUUCUUCGAUUCUUUCGGGCAUUAGACUAAUUUAUCCUACUGUGGACAGAAAUACCAAAGUGCUUCUUGGUGAUGGGAGGAAUACAUCUCUUUAUUUUGAUGUUUGGUAUGGUAAUGAGUGUAUUACCGAUAUGCUAGGAGACAAUGAUCUAGAUAGUACUGUCAUGGUUAGUGUUGUUAUUGUUAAUAAUGCUUGGCAGGUGCAGGGAGAUCAUGCUAAGAAUUUAGCCAGGGCUGGAGUUGAUCUUAAUAAUCUGCCAGUUUUGCAAGGUGGAGCUGACAUCAGAGUUUGGAUGCCUGAUUUAUAUGGUAAAUUCACUGUGCGAUCAGCAAAAUAG